UAUUUACCUUUCGCCUAUCGUUUUUGUUUUUGGUAAAUUUUGAGGAUAAAUGAGAAGAUUCUCUGAUACUUCGAAUCUAAGUAGACUCCUACUUUUGGUAGGACAAAUAUACCAUGGCAAAAUACGCGUAAAUUAAGUAUAGUACUAGUGACUUUCUAACUUACCUACUAGGUUUUGCAUACGCAUAAUACACGUAUUCGUAUAAUAUUUGAUUACGGUAACAUAAUAAACCUACGCUGUAUAUAGCACUAACUUUUCCUUUUCUUUAAUUUGAACUUAGCAGUCUUAGGUUUUCGUCCAAUACUAAACCAGUGACAGAGAUAGUCAAGGAAAAGAAUAUUAAUAUGGUUGAACAAAAUUGUUGGGAUGGCAUUCCCAUGGGGCCUAUUGUUGAUGAAGACUUUGAAAGCUUACUCAAUAGUUUGGACUUCCCCUUGGAAAGUUUGGAAGAUUGGGAUCCUAGCCUCUACCAAUUACUCGGGCCAAUCCCUCCGGAUGCACUUAUGGCGUUACCUCCAGUGUCCCGUGGCGAUAAUGCCAAUGGCUGUUUGAAUGCAGCUAAUGAAUUUCCUGAGGCCCAAGGGACUGUUCUAUUCCAGACACAAAGCCCAAUUUCUGUUCUUGAACACAACAGCUCCUGCUCUGGUGGAAAGAGUACAUCCUUCAAAUUUGGCACUAAAGGCCGUCGCUCUAAGCGUGCACGAGCAUCAACUUUGAAUCCAUGGAUUUUGAUGGCUUGUACAGCUUUUGCAGCCAAGAAGACUUCUGAUGCCAAAAAGGGAAAGGAAAAGAAGAGGAGAAAAUUGUCACAGCAAUCUAGUGUCAUGGAGUCUAUUUUAUUUAAAAAGUGCACACAUUGUGAAGUAACAAAGACACCACAAUGGAGGGAGGGACCAUUGGGUCCAAAGACACUAUGCAAUGCCUGUGGAGUUCGAUAUCGUUCUGGCCGACUACUCCCAGAGUAUCGGCCUGCUGCUAGUCCCACAUUUGUUCCAUCUUUGCAUUCAAACUCUCACAUGAAAGUCAUAGAAAUGAGAAGAAAUGCAGUUGAGGAGUCUCAAGGUGAUCUACUGGAAACGAAGAGAAGUUUUACCUAACCUUCCAAUGUGACUGAACCAAAAAUUUGUUCCUCUGAAUAUCUAUUUGUUUGAUACAUAUAGAAGAGAUGGCUAUCCUUUUAGUUAGGUGCUUAAUUUACUUUAAUUGUUUUAUUCUCCACUGGUAGGUUUUGUGGUAUGGUGAGUAGUCAGGAUAAAAGUUCAUGUACAGAAAUGGGAGUUCUAGGUUAACAUAAUUGGUAAGUGGUAGAAGGCAAAGCCCAAUUGAAGGCUGAUGAUGCAGUUCUCUAAUGUAAAAACUAAAGUAGAUGAAUAGAUGGUUAGGUACUUCAUC